AUGUCUGGCCGAACAGGUUUUGCACCCAUUCGGAGCACGGUACAUGUAUCUAUGCUUCCAUAUGCUUAUACAAACAAUGACGUUGCAAAGCUUUUCGAACCUUUUGGAAGAAUUGCUCAUGUGACGAUUUUGCGAGAUCGUGAAACAAGAAUUAGCAAAGGUGUAGCGUGGGUCCAAUUUGUUGAACGUAACUCUGCGGAAAAGGCAAUCCAAGAAUUAAAUGGAACAAAAGUUGACAAAUUUACUAUCAAAGUCGAGUGGGCGAAGGAUAACGGAAGAGGAGGUGAAUUCAUAAAGAAGCGGAAGUAUACAAAAACGAAGUAUUGUUUUGAGUGUGGACAAAUGGGACAUACAUCUUACAAAUGUCCCCGCAAUGUACUUGGCGAUCGCGCGAAACCAAAGAAGAAGCAGCGAAAUGUUGAAGAAGAGAACGAAAAUAUUAAAGCUUGGCUGGCAAAUGACGACGAUGAUGAUUUGGGAGGAACGGCAUUCAUAUUUUAG